AUGUUACCGACACCAAGGGAAACCAAUUAGCAAAUUUACAGGGUUGGAGAGCAAUUCAUAAAAGGAAAUGAUUUAUAGGUUAGGAAAGCAUAAAAGACAAAGGAUUAUAAUUUAGAAGCCAUGUAUAAAUAUUAAUAAAUAGUGUCAAAGAUAACCAAUAUAUCAAAAUUCAUAAGAAAGUUUAUCAAAUUGUAAUAGUAAUAAAUCUAGUUCUAAAAAUUCAAUUGGAUUUGAUUAAUAACCUAGUUAUAUGGAAGAAUAAUAAUGGAAAUCUUCUCACUUUCACACAAAUACUGCACCAGUUAAUUUGUAUUAAAAUAUUAGUGAGAAAGAUGCAGCCUUUUUGAUUAAAGAUUAAGAUACAGGUAGUUAGAUAUUUAUAUUUUAGGAAAUGUUUAUGAUAUUAGAAAUACAGAGAAAAUCCCAGUAAACAGAGAGUAUAUGACAAAAUUAAAAAAGAGACACAAAUCAGCAUGGUAAGGUUGGUGGUAAUAGAAAAAAGAAAAUAAUCAAUGUUUAUUAAAUUAUGUUAAAUCAAACAAUAUAAAAGAAGUAGAGAAGUUAUUAGAUAUAGCAUCGAAAGAUUUAAAACCUGAAAUCAACAUAAGAGAUGAAAAUGGUAAUAAAUUUAAAUAUAAGUAAAGGAAUGAUUCCAUUGCAUUAUAGUUGUAUGAAUCAGAAUUACGAAUUAGCAUUAUUACUUUUAAAGAAUGAGGCAGAUUGUGACUUAACAAACUCAUAAGGUUAAACAGCAUUAAGUAUAUGUGCCUAAAAAGGAUGUGAAUACAUAUUAUCCUUAUUAUUAACUAUAGGUGCUGAUAUUAACCAUAUGGAUAAUCUUUAAAAUACUCCUUUGCAUUAUGCUUGUUAUUUUUGUAUAUUGUUAAUUUAAACUAAGAACAUAAAAGAGUGGCUGAAAUAUUAUUGGCUCGACCUUCAAUAAUGAUUAAUAUUAGAAAUCUAGAUAGCAAAACUCCUUAUGAUUUAGUCCAACAUUGCCAUGAUCUAAGAAUAUUAUUUGAUAAACACUUGAAGGUAGUGAAUCAACUUAAUUAAGAUGAAAUAAGAUUCAUUUAACUAAUGUUAAAGAGUUAGAAUAUUUGAAGAAACAACUGAAAGAGUAAUAACUUCGCCUAAUAGUAAAUAAUAAACAAAUGCUUAUCAAAUGUUAAGUCGUUGCUAAUCUCCUUAAAAAAUAGAAUAUAUGAAUUCACAUUCAAAUAGAUCAACAGCAUACAUUCAUCCAGCAUAAGAUUAUUGUGAAGUAAUUGGACCAUCAUCAAUUAGAAUAAUAUUACAAAUAGGUAAAGGAUCAUUUGGGGAUGUUUAUUUGGUUGAAAAGAGAAUAACUGGUAGACCUAAUUAAGGACCAAAAUUAGCAAUGAAAGUUUUACCUAAGAAUAAAUUUCUUGGUUAAAAUUUAUUAAGAUAUGCUUUAACUGAAAGAAAUAUUCUAUCUUAUUUGAAUCAUCCAUUUAUUGUUAAAUUAAGAUAUGCAUUUUAAACUAAUACUCAUUUAUGUUUAUUAAUGGACUUUUGUCCAGGCGGAGAUUUAUCUAAAUUAAUAUAAAGAUAAUAAAGAUUACCAGAAUAGUAAGCUAAAUUAUAUUUUGCUGAAAUAUUAACUGCUUUAGAACAUUUACAUUAAAAUGAUAUAAUAUAUAGAGAUUUAAAACCUGAGAAUGUUGUUAUUGAUUAAUAUGGACAUGCUAUGUUAACAGAUUUUGGAUUAUCAAAAGAAGGAAUUCAUGAUAAUUAUGGGGCUAAAAGUUUUUGUGGUUCAAUGGCAUAUUUAGCACCAGAAAUGCUUAAGAGAGUAGGACAUGGUAGAGCUGUAGAUUGGUAUCAUAUGGGUAUAUAUUAAAAUUAUAAUUAUUAGGGAUAUUAUUAUAUGAAAUGAUUACUGGUAGACCACCUUAUUUUUCAGCUAAUAGAGAUGAAAUGAUAAAUAAUAUUGAAUAAAAUAAUAUUCAAUUUCCAGAAACAAUUACAAAAGAAUGCAAAUCUAUUAUAUAAUCAUUAUUGAUUAAGAAUCCAAUGUAGAGAUUAGGAGCUUCAUCAAGAGAUGCUGAUGAAAUUAAAGAUCAUCCAUUUUUAAAAUAAAUUAAUUGGAAAGAUUUAUUAAAUAGGUAUUUCUAUUUGUACUAAAAAAGAAAAUAUAAACCACCAAUUCCAGUGAUUAAUGAAGAAAUACUUAAUUAAAAAUUUGAUAUUCCUUUUGAUUUUAUACUUUCUGCAGAUAAAUCUAGUGCCAUUAAUUAUAUUAAUGGUUGGUCAUUUGUCAAUAAUGAUUUUGUUCAGUUUUGA